UCAACUACAUUUCUGUUUAGGAACUAUGAACACAACAGCAAAACAAAACAAAAUAAUGUGUAAAAUUCGACAAAAUUUUUAAUCUUUGGAAUUAAUUAAAAGUACUGUAACUUGAGUAGCAGUAGGCAAAUUACAGAAGAAUGUCCAACAAUAAAGAAACGCCCGAGCAUCUCCAGGCUCAGAACAUAAUCGUCAUCCACCCGGGUUCCCUUUACCUGCGGAUGGGUCGCGCCUCGGAUGUCAACCCCUGUCGCCUAUUGCACGCCAUUGGCCGCCGUCGCAAGCCGGGCGGUCGGGCCUAUCGGGACCGGGUUCUCUCGGUUCCGAUUGCCAAGCCCAAGGAAUCGCUUUCGGAGUUCGAGGAAUGUCGGCUGCAGGUUUCCCACACGUUGCAAUCUUGUGUCCAGUCGGAUGGCCGGAGACGGUACGCUACUCCGCCGCAGCAGAUCUCCGCGUUUAAUCGGAGAUCUGGAGCGGAAACUGUUCAGGCGUCUCGAGUGGACUGGAAGGACGAUCUGCCGGGCGAUAAGGUCUUUGGAGAGGAAGUUCUGUGGUUGAAUCCGGCCGGGGAGUUCAAUGUUCACUAUCCUAUUAGGAGGGGCGAGUUGAACCUGCACAAGGAUGUGGGAGGUUCGAUGUCCGGGGUUAUGUGCGACCUGCAGGAUAUUUGGGAGUACGUGCUGAGGCAUCGGUUGAGGAUCGAUUUGAAACAGCUGAAGCAGUACAAGGCGGUUCUGGUGAUUUCAGACAUUUACAACCGAGCACACUUGAAGGAACUCACGUCGCUGUUGUUGAACAAGAUCGGGUUCGGGUGCUGCUUUCUGGUGCAGGAUCACGUCUCGGCCACGUUCGGAGCAGGACUGGGCUAUGCUUGCGUUGUGGAUGUGGGUGACCAGAAGACUUCCAUUUCCUGCGUGGAGGAUGGCAUUUCCCACCCGAACACGAGGGUUCGAUUACCCUAUGGAGGGGCGGACAUAACGCAGACAUUCCAUUGGAUGCUUCAGAAGUGCAGCUUCCCCUACAAGGAAUGUGACCAAAGCCGCCCUCAGGAUGCGUUCCUACUGAAACAACUCAAAGAAGACAUUUGCCACGUUAAUCUGGACGUUUGUGGAGCCCAGGAGAAGACCUUUGCCGUCCACCAGCCCCAACAAGAAAAGCGUCGUUUCACUCUGCAAAUCGGAGACGAAGCCAUCGUGGCCCCGCUAGGGCUCUUCCACACGGAGCUGUUGUCCGUCACGGGGGUCAACAAAUCCACCCCCAUGACCCAGAAACCGUCCCGAGCGCAGCCCCAUCCGGAGGAUUGUUUUGAUGCGGAGUAUCUGCGGGAAACAGGCCGGCGAGGGAAGGAAAAUCUGGAACAGACCGCCAACGAAAGCGGAAUGGCCAAUGCGGAGAAUGCCGACGAGGACAUGGUCGUGGAGGGGCUGGAGCAGGACAGGGAAGGCAAGGUGAACGAGAAGGAUUUCAUACUGCCCGGGGGACAGAUGAUCGGAAUUGACCAGGCCGUGCUGCAGAGCAUCGAACGAUGUCCAAACGACGAACUGAAGCGUAAAAUGUACGGCUGCAUUCUAGUGGUCGGUGGCGGAAUGAAGUUCACCGGCAUCAGCAAUUGGUUGCAGAACCGCGUGGCGCUGAAGAUUCCGCUGAUGUAUCGUUCGGAGCACAACAUUGUGACCAGCUCGAAGGACAUCGACGCGGAGAUUACCGCCUGGAAGGGAGCGGCCAUCAUGUCCUGUCUGGAAAGUGCCGCCGAACUGUGGCUAACCGAGGCAGAAUGGACCCGCUACGGACUUCGGAUACUGCGGGAGAAAGCAGUGUUCAUGUGGUAGUCUUCUUCGACACGUGGUUUAUCAAUGUAAGUAGGUUUGAACUAUGGAUUUCUAUACAUAAUAAGUAAUUAAAACUCCUAGAACGUUUUUCGUGGAAGAACGACAGCGAGAGUCGAUGGACUCCUAUACAUAAUUCAUAAUUCUAAAUUCAGGACAUUAUUGCUGUUCAUGAAAAUUGAGCGGAUCUGCAAUCUGUAAAUCGAUUCCUAAUCUCUUGCUCCAGUGAACGUUGAGCUAUUUCGAACUAAAUCCUAUGAGUUCUUUAAAAAAACGAUAAAGGUACUGUCUAAAAAUUCAA